UAUGGCGUAUGCACAUUUUCUUUCGAAGUCGCAGAUCCUGAGGAAUACAAACAAAGCGACAAUGGCCCGCUAUCGUCCGUUUUGUUCUGCUGCUGCGGUCCUAACUUCCGCCCAGGUCUUCGUCCUGUUGCUGCUGGGAGCAUCACACUGGUUCGAGGAUUCGCGAUCGUCGUUAGUUGCCGCCGGCCCGCCGAUUUGCGAUGCUUCCACGCCUUUGUACCACAAGUGCUGGGAGCAGCAGUGUCCGCAGAUGCUGCAAGUGCUCGACCAGUUCUGCGGGCACGGGUUCGACCACUUAUUCCGUCUUUACGCGACCAACAGUUGCUUCAAUGCGGAUUUCAGCGAGAAGCUGUGUUGCGGCUACGAACUAGACUUGGCGGUGCGAGGAAAAAACGGGGAAAAACUGCCAAUCACCACCGCCGUGGUGAACCCCAGCUGCUUCGUUGGCAACGAUGUCUUUAUAGACACGGAAAAGUGGGAGGUCGCCGUGGUUGUUGUACCUGUAGAGUUAAUGAUGCAAAUAUGCGCAUCAAGAUCAACAUGCAUGUAGGUACUAAGAGAUGUUACAACCACGACAACCGAAUGAGAAAUCUGUAGGAACAUCACACUGCGCAACCAGCUUUACUUAUUAAGCCCCUCUCUGGUGCGAAGAUGAGAUUUGAACUGUUCACCAAGCGGCCUAUCACUUUUUCUUCUAUUCAUAUCCCGCCGCGCUUUCCCCGGAGGUCUGUUGCGAACCCAAGACCGCCGCACCCCGAUUACUGGACCCCGAUCUCCCUAUGAACAUACCCGGGGCCGCCGACUGCAGAGACGCGCAAAACGUACCCAUACGGGUGACCAUGACCCGUUUCCUACAGGAGCGGUGCACCGACAGCGAGGCAGCGUAUAACGUCGUGCAGUUCCUGGAUGAAAUGAAGAGAAAAACUGAUGAGAACAAUAAAAUUGGUACGAAAAUGGACCCGAAUAGUAGAGCAAGCUCGACAUCAGCGGCUGCAUCUUUGGCACAACCGGGAACUCUCUACUCCGCCGACGGCGCCAUUCUCCAAACGGAGGCCGACUUUUCCCUUGGCGCAAGCGUUGACCUGUUUCGGAAUGCUGGGGAGCAUCGGGCGAUAACCUGGGUCGAGGGUGUCCAGCACCGGCAUCCGCUAUUCGGGCUGCAGUUGCAGAGAUUGAAGAUUGCUAUCGAGGACGGAGGUAGGAUGUUGAAGCAGCGAGAAAUUAUGUUGUCAGAUGAGGCCAGCGAAAAAGGAGAUUCUGAAGAGGACAGCGAAGUAGAGGACCACGAUGACAUAACCGAGCUUGCUGACCCGACGGACCUUUUACUCGCGGACAAGGGCAAGGUCGGCGCGUAUUUACAGGUUGCGAUCAAGACGUUCCGAAGUAACGACACGAGUACCUGGCUCUCGCUCGUGGACAUGGCGGAAAAGGAGUACCGGAGAUUGGAAACGAACAGGAAGAUAACAACGACAGAAGUCGCAGACGGUGAAGAUCAUGAAGCGCCACAAGGACGACCACAUCUGGCUGCGCCUAAAAUUAUACAGGAGCAAAAACAGGAACUGCGGAUCUUCCGCGCUCUGGAUCACCUAUGGUCCCUGUACGACGCGCCCUUCCGGUGGCGCGACGUAGACUACAAGCGGAGUGAGACGUGGUCCAUGCUAUUUCGCGCCGCGGAAAAACUGGAGGAAAUUGUGGAAGAGAAAACGAAAGAUUCCGAAGAAGGCUCGUUUCAUCUUGCAAAAAUCUUCACGACCAUUACGUCGGAUAAACACGAUAGUGUGCUUGCAGGAGCUGCAGGAACAGGCAGUCUCGAUGAAGUGCAUGAUCAAGACGCUAGUAGUACAACAACUACAGGAGUUCUUGCGGUUGCAGGCGCACAACCUGGUACUUCAUCCGACCAACUGAUCGACACGCGCACUCGCGAAGCCGUGCCUGCGUACGCAGUGCCGUUUCUGCAAUUUCGAGACGACUUCGUCCUCUACAAGGAUGCGGCUCGGUGCGGGCAUCUGCGCGGCAUCAUGGAGGAGUUGAAGAGAAACGAAGUACCCCCGCCGGUUAUUUCAAGCGACUUGUUUCUCGAUAAAAGCACGGGGAAGCUUGUCAAAGAUAAAGAAGAAACAGGGGAAGUGACAUCUUCUAGUGCAUCAUCAAGUAGGAAAACAGGAACAAAGACCCGUCUCGAAACGGGCUUCGUCGUCCUCGACGUGGGUGCAGGCACCGCCCCGUGCGAACCGGACUGGCGGAAUACGGCACCGGGGAAGGUUUUUUACCUCAAGCAGGAUUUUGGCAUGUACGAUACCAGUCUGGACGCGGACGAGCGCGGCAAGCAAAUCCACAAAAAAGCUUGCGGGGGCCCCGGUUGUGGGGGCCCACGCGGGGGCAGCUUGCGGGGGCCCGGGCGUCCCCCAUCAGAAACUCGCGUUUUCAGGUCUUGCAAAGGGUCCGGGUGGACUUGGGGCCCGACGCCCGCCCGAGGUUGCACAACCUGCAUAGGGAUCUUGGGUCGGCCCUCUGCGGGCUUUAUAUGGUUUCAAGGUCUGUGAUUGGGCCGCGGCAAGUACGGCGCGAGGGGCAUUGCAAGUCCGAAGCCCGAAAUCACAAAGCCAGCACACAACCCUUGGCCCCUUGGGUGAGGCCGAGCCCCGCGGGAGCCGGGCCAUGGCGAUCGCGUUGCCGCGGUAGCCAAGACAUCUCCCCAACCCGCUCCCGGCUUGAAAUGCUCGCAAAAGAUGAGAAGAGCAGGGAGAGAACGGCGAACAGAGGAGGAAGCGGCACAGGGUUGAGAAGCGCUGCCGACGCUGCAGGCGGGGGGGCUUUCGUUGGGGUUUCUGGACCGCGACGGAGAAGGCCCCAAAGCCAUGCGCGCCAACCCCUCGGGGGCGGGGCCGGGCAGCGCGUCGUGGGUUUUGAAGUGGCCGCUUUGUGUGGCGGCAGAACAGAGCCCGCCAAUGUGCUACCCGGGCGGGGGCCGCUAUGGCUUCAGUCUUUUGUUGGGAAGACUGGGCACCAGGAAAAACGCCGGCGGCGGUGCCCUCUGCAGACCCUAGCCACUAGCGGCGGUGGGAAGGAGUCUCGGCGCCGACAUUGUUGCAGCCCGCCCAUUUGCGGCUGAGGUCCUCCAGCAAGGGAACGGCCGCAGCUUACGCGCACCUCAUUGGGCCGCUGCGGCCUGCGGACUGGCCCACCCGGUGCAAAGCGCUUCCCUGCGCCACCGCCCCAUGUCCCUCAUUUGCAUGGCAAUUGCAAAGCGGCGGCCCCUUAUUGUUGCGCAGGGAGUGAACCCGGCACGUAAUCUCUGCCAGGCCAAGCAGGUCGGCUGCCGCACUAGUCUUCGAGGCAGGCAAAUCACGGCGCCCCCCAAUCACCCGCCCGCGCAUCAUUCUAACGCACGACAUUGACCGGCCGGGCCGUCCUUCCCCCGAAUUGAUGCCGCUCCGUCGCGCCUCUUCUCGCUAGCUAGUUGCCCUGCAUAUUUUUGUGGCUUUCUUCCUGCGUCGCUUUUCAAUAUGGUAAGCGCAAGUACCUCAAGACCCAUCGACGAAAAUUUUAUUGUUUUCAAAAAUAUCACUUUGCUCCCGCCAUAAAAGGUUUUUUACCUCAAGCAGGAUUUUGGCAUGUACGAUACCAGUCUGGACGCGGACGAGCGCGGCAAGCAAAUCCACAAAAAAGCUUGCGGGGGCCCCGGUUGUGGGGGCCCACGCGGGGGCAGCUUGCGGGGGCCCGGGCGUCCCCCAUCAGAAACUCGCGUUUUCAGGUCUUGCAAAGGGUCCGGGUGGACUUGGGGCCCGACGCCCGCCCGAGGUUGCACAACCUGCAUAGGGAUCUUGGGUCGGCCCUCUGCGGGCUUUAUAUGGUUUCAAGGUCUGUGAUUGGGCCGCGGCAAGUACGGCGCGAGGGGCAUUGCAAGUCCGAAGCCCGAAAUCACAAAGCCAGCACACAACCCUUGGCCCCUUGGGUGAGGCCGAGCCCCGCGGGAGCCGGGCCAUGGCGAUCGCGUUGCCGCGGUAGCCAAGACAUCUCCCCAACCCGCUCCCGGCUUGAAAUGCUCGCAAAAGAUGAGAAGAGCAGGGAGAGAACGGCGAACAGAGGAGGAAGCGGCACAGGGUUGAGAAGCGCUGCCGACGCUGCAGGCGGGGGGGCUUUCGUUGGGGUUUCUGGACCGCGACGGAGAAGGCCCCAAAGCCAUGCGCGCCAACCCCUCGGGGGCGGGGCCGGGCAGCGCGUCGUGGGUUUUGAAGUGGCCGCUUUGUGUGGCGGCAGAACAGAGCCCGCCAAUGUGCUACCCGGGCGGGGGCCGCUAUGGCUUCAGUCUUUUGUUGGGAAGACUGGGCACCAGGAAAAACGCCGGCGGCGGUGCCCUCUGCAGACCCUAGCCACUAGCGGCGGUGGGAAGGAGUCUCGGCGCCGACAUUGUUGCAGCCCGCCCAUUUGCGGCUGAGGUCCUCCAGCAAGGGAACGGCCGCAGCUUACGCGCACCUCAUUGGGCCGCUGCGGCCUGCGGACUGGCCCACCCGGUGCAAAGCGCUUCCCUGCGCCACCGCCCCAUGUCCCUCAUUUGCAUGGCAAUUGCAAAGCGGCGGCCCCUUAUUGUUGCGCAGGGAGUGAACCCGGCACGCAAUCUCUGCCAGGCCAAGCAGGUCGGCUGCCGCACUAGUCUUCGCGGCAGGCAAAUCAUGGCGCCCCCCAAUCACCCGCCCGCGCAUCAUUCUAAAGCACGACAUUGACCGGCCGGGCCGUCCUUCCCCCGAAUUGAUGCCGCUCAGUCGCGCCUCUUCUCGCUAGCUAGUUGCCCUGCAUACUUUUGCGGCUUUCUUCCUGCGUUGCUUUUCAAUAUGGUAAGCGCAAGUACCUCAAGACCCAUCGACGAAAAUUUUAUUGUUUUCAAAAAUAUCACUUUGCUCCCGCCAUAAAAGGUUUUUUACCUCAAGCAGGAUUUUGGCAUGUACGAUACCAGUCUGGACGCGGACGAGCGCGGGAUCACAAUUCUACUUUUUGACGCGGGUUCCAGCGCAAAAACCAAAGCACUUUUCCGGUUGUAUCUAGGGGGCCAAAAAUUCCUGCAUGCGUGUCCUCCACGCGGGCGGCCCCUGGGUGCGUCGCUGUGGUUGUCAAUCCGCGUGAGGGGUGAAAAGGGAUUGGGCGUAGCAACUCACGCCAUUGCACCUUGAGCCAAAGUGCCGACAUCGCAAGCUUUGACACAUUGAUCUUGUAGUCCACAAGUCUCAAUUAAGUGUGUGCAGAUCUGGCGCGACAGGUUUUCGGCAUUCAGUGCACUGAUGUCAACCUGAAGCGUCGCUUAUUGAGACUUGUGGAUUAUGAAAUCGAUGUCAAGCGUGUUGCAGUGGGAGGCUUUUGGCUCAAGGUAUUGUGUUGUGACUUGUUAUGCCCAGUCCCAUUUCACCCUUCGCGCGGCAUGGCGGGUGCGAAAUUCGCAUUGUAGCCCUUUAGUUUUCCGUCGGGAGUAGGGCUCUGCAGCAUGGCCUGGUGCGCGAUAUUAAUCCGCGCCCCAUACCAUGGUGGCAUAUUUUAUUCUGGGUGGUACGCUGCAGAUCUGUUCUGUAGUUGAUGUCUUUGGAGGCUCGCCGACCCUGAUCGCCGGAGCCCACCCGGCGAUGUGAAGCGCCAUGAUUUGGAUCCGACGAACAAGGGUGGGUUAGGUUGUCUGUUUUCCAAAAAGUUCUAACCCCCGCUAGUGGGUGGGCACUAGCGGGGGUUAGGGUCAGACGAAUGUAACCCACCUUUGUUCAUCCUAGAACAAAUGAACAAGGGUGGGUUACAUUCGUCCGAAGCUAACCCCCGCUAGUGCCCACCCACUAGCGGGGGUUAGACCUUUUUGAAAAAAAGCAGAUGUAACCCACCCUUGUUCGUCCAUGUCAAAGGAAGCAGAAAGUAAGCAGCCUGCUGAAGUCAGCAGCCGGGAUGCCAGCCCCGGCGGAUAUGAUCGGGAACGACCAUGCUUCUGAAGUGCAAAUAUUUUUGUAGAACUUUAUUCGCCACGGAGUGGUCGUCUCUUAGCAGGUAUCUUUCUCUUUGCUUUUGGUAUUAAGAUGUGGGCCCAGCAGGACUUCUAGCAACAAAGAGAGAGAGGUGGCUGGUUGGGUGGUCGGUUGGUCGAGUGUUGCCCUUCGCUCGCAAUGGAGUAGUGCAAACAAAAGGACAGGGCAGCUGUUGCAGAAGCUGACCCAGAGCCAGCAGUCGACCCCGGCACUUCAAGGCGCCGCGGGCUCUGCAGCGCUGGGAGGCCCUGUGGCGGAUGAGUAGAGGCAUGCCCGAAGAGGUGGAUUGCCGGGCACCUAUUCUCUUUCAGAUUGAUUCAUUCAGCGCGCCCGGAAUAUCUUUUUCGAUGCCCUUCCGCGCGCCAUUUUUUUUGAGGCAGGCAGGCGCUGCGUGCGUGAGCGUGCUUUGUAGACUGCCCGGCGUUGUGUUAUGCAUGUGCCUACUAGACGCUAUCGUAGAAGGAGGCACUUUGGCACUUAAAGCGCCCUCUUCUAUGAAUGUGGCGGCUCGGGGGGCACUAAAACAGGCGCAGCCGCAAAAACAGGCCCAGAAACAGCUACAGAAACAGGCGGAAAAUCAGGCACGCAAAAAGGUGCAAAAACAGGCACAAACGCAAGCGAUGCGGGCUAGGCGCACCAAGCCCAAAAAGAAGACAAUUGUGACCCCGUGCUUAAAUUCCGGUAGUCGAAGUACGAUACCAGUCUGGACGCGGACGAGCGCGGCAAGCAAAUCCACAAAAAAGCGCACCAACAGGGACUCUCCCCCUUCGCCUACGCGAGCUCCAUUCACAACAAACAGGGUUACUCAGAAUUGGAUGUGACAAGUGACAUAACUGCGAUCCCUUUACCAAGCAACAGCAUUGACGUAAUCGUGUGCGACCAGGUUUUGGAGCACUUGCCCAAGCCCAUCGCUGCGAUACAGGAAAUCCACCGGCUUUUGAAGCCGGGGGGAAAGUUUUUCCUCUCGCACCCCUACGGGAGCUUCCUCCACAACCUGCCUUAUCACUACAACGGCGGAUUUACACACUCGUGGUUCGAGACACACUUCUUGCAGAAGGAUGUUGGUCGUGCGGGCGAUGAUACAAGGCAAGAAGACGCGGUCCUCGACGGGAGCGAGACUUCAAGUGGCGACACCACCCGUUCCUCCGCGAACAAGUUUUCGCACCUGUGGUGGAACUACCGUUACGAGAAGCAGGGCCAAGCACUGCAACGAGUGUUAAACGACGUGGACUGCCUGCAGGUCCACCUGGAUAACUUUGCGGACAAGAGGAUCUACCGCGAACUUCUGUUACGGAUCGUACCGCAGUUUUUAGAUUCCCUGCCGGCUCUGUGUCCGGGCGGGUCGGAAAGGAAACCGCAAGCGGUGCAUGUCGUUGCUGUAAAGUGAGCACGAAUUUAUAUGAUGGUAGGUAGAAGUGCCAAUGCAACUGCAAGAGCAAGUAGAAACAGUUGGAAUACUUGAAAG